CGCCGCCGCCGCCGAGGAACAUGGCGAAGGUGGAGCAGGUCCUGAGCCUGGAGCCGCAGCACGAGCUCAAGUUCCGAGGUCCAUUCACCGAUGUUGUCACCACCAACUUAAAGCUUGGCAACCCAACAGACCGGAAUGUGUGUUUUAAAGUGAAGACCACCGCACCGCGUAGGUACUGUGUGCGGCCCAACAGCGGGAUCAUUGAUGCUGGGGCCUCUGUCAAUGUCUCUGUGAUGUUACAGCCUUUCGAUUAUGAUCCCAAUGAGAAAAGUAAACACAAGUUUAUGGUUCAGUCUAUGUUUGCUCCGACUGACACUUCUGAUAUGGAGGCAGUAUGGAAGGAGGCAAAACCGGAAGACCUUAUGGAUUCAAAACUUAGAUGUGUGUUUGAAUUGCCAGCAGAAAAUGAUAAACCACAUGAUAUAGAAAUAAAUAAAAUUAUAUCCACAAGUGCAUCAAAGACAGAAGCACCAUCAGUGUCUAAGUCUCUGACUUCAUCUCUGGAUGACACGGAGGUCAGGAAGGUGAUGGAGGAGUGUAAGCGACUGCAGGGCGAGGUCCAGAGGCUGCGAGAGGAGAACCAGCACUUCAAGGAAGAAGAUGGGCUGCGGAUGAGGAAGACCGCGCAGAGCAACAGCCCCAUCUCAGCGCUGGCUGCUACCGGGAAGGAGGAAGGCCUCAGCACCCGGCUGCUGGCUCUGGUUGUUUUGUUCUUUAUCGUUGGCGUCAUUAUAGGGAAGAUUGCCUUGUAGAGGAAGCAAAUGGGAUGAAUGGAGCCACCAUAUCAUGGGAUUUAAAUUUAUCAUAACCAUGUGUAAAAAGAAGUCAAUGUAUGAUGACAUCUCACAGGUCUUGCCUUUAAAUUACCCCUCCCCACGCACACACACAAAUGCACACACAAAUAUAACAUAAGUUAACAAUCUUCUAGAAGGUUAAAAUGUAUAGUAAGUGACUGGGGGAAAGCAGUGUGCUCUGUUAAUGCCGAGUGCCGACAGUACAGCAUAGAACUUGUUUUGAACGCGGGUGGGCCUGGGUUCAUGUCGCUGGAUCACCUCUCUUAAAGCAGGACACUCUUCCUCGCUGUUGGUGCUGGCCUGUGGGCGCAGGACACUGACUGAGGAGGCCGGUGACCCCCGCCCGCCCACUCCUGCCCAGGCUGCGGUCCUGUGUCUGCACAUCCGUCCGUGGGACCCACGCAGAGCAGCAGUCGCCACAGAGUAUGGCGCUGCGGCAGCGGCUGGCGUCCCAGCUGCCACAAGAGGCGUGUGGCGACUGACCCAACACUUGAGAGGAAAGGCAGUGCUUCGUUCUGUGAAAGGGACCAAGCUCACUUCCUGUUGGUUCAUGUAGCGAAACCGAGCUGGUAUCUGGGACGUGCAAGCAUAUUUAACUUAUUUAACGUGUCUCAUCUCAUGUGUUCUUACUGUCACUGAGAACAGUUAGGCACCGAGCGGCAGCCGGCAGGCAGGGCUGCCCGUGCUGCUGGGCGCCGAGGUUCCUGGCUGGGCGUUCUCCAUCAGUCAGCAACAGCUCUUGUGAGGGGAGAGUCUUGGUGGUGACGCUCCACUCUGAGUCACCCACUUUUAAACAGAGAAGAGUGGCUGUGCUUCUAGAUUGUCCUUCCACCGCUCUCAGCCACCACUCUGACUUCCAGUGCAGGCCUGACUCUGUCCUGACCGCCUGGGUCCCUGGCCGAGGACCCUGGCAGGCGGGCUGGCUGGUAGAGGUGAGGGAGGGGGCUCCUAGCUGAUCCAUCUACUGCUAAUGGAAGUCUGACUGUGAAUUAAUUUUACGCCAUAAAAGACCAAUCCAAUUCUGUUUGACUAUGUAGCAUCUUAAAAGAAAAAAAUUAAAAUAAAGCCCCAAAAUUAAGAGUU